CGGGCGUGAAGGCGCCAUGGCGGCGGCGAGGCGGAGGGCCGAGGGCUGAGGCCCCCGCUUCCUGAGCCCCGACCAUUCCGCCGCCGCCGCCAUGUUCCCCCCGCCGCUGAGGCGGGACUUCAUCUCGGUGACGCUGAGCCCCGGGGACGGGGCCGCCGGCGGCCGCUACAACAACGGCAAGGGCUGGAGGCGGCGCUCCUGCUGGAGGAAGUGGAAGCAGCUGUCGCGCCUGCAGCGAAGCGUAAUCCUCUUCCUCUUUGCCUUCGUGGCGGUCUGUGGAGGCAUUUCCUACACUAACAUCGCGGACCACUGGAGAGCCCUGACGAGCCGGUCGCCGGAGGAUCCGAAAACAGACCCGGAAAUCCGGGGACCGAAACCGGCAAAGCCUGUGGUCUUACCGGCCCCUCCUCGGCAAGCCGACCCUAACCCGGCGGGCUCCGUGGGUGUUUUACCUCAGAGACCCCAAAGGCAUCUCCGCCGGAGGCCUCCCAACCUGCAGCUCGGAGCCCCCCGCAAGGACCUGAGAGGGAAGCCCCAGGAUGACCCCAAGAGGGCCGAAGAGGGGCCUGCCGCUGGGAAUAGGGAGGAGAGCGAGAAGACGGCUAUUAGCUGGCGGGGCGCCGUGAUCGAGCCGGACCAGACCCCGGAGCCUCCCUCCCGUAGAACGCAGGAAGCGGUCGGGCCCCCGGCCGGGAAAACCGAAAUCCGGAAGGAGCCAGCGCCCCUCAACGAGCGCCAGCUGGCCGUGGUCGAAGCCUUCCGCCACGCGUGGAAGGGCUACAGGGAGUUCGCCUGGGGCCACGACGAGCUCAAACCGCUGUCCAAGUCCUUCAGCGAGUGGUUCGGCCUCGGUCUGACGCUCAUCGACGCCCUGGACACCAUGUGGAUUUUGGGCUUAAGAGAAGAGUUUGAAGAAGCCAGAAAGUGGGUGGCCACGGAAUUGCUCUUCGAGAAGAACGUGGACGUGAACCUCUUCGAGAGCACCAUCCGGAUCCUCGGCGGGCUCCUCAGCACCUACCACUUAUCCGGAGACGGCCUCUUUCUGGAAAAAGCCAAAGAUAUCGGAAACCGCCUGAUGCCGGCCUUCAACACGCCGUCCAAGAUCCCGUUCUCGGACGUGAACAUCGGGCGCGGCACGGCCCACCCGCCCCGCUGGACGGCGGACAGCACCGUGGCCGAGGUGACCAGUAUCCAGCUGGAGUUCCGGGAGCUCUCCCGCCUCACCGGCGAUGACAGAUUUCAGAGAGCGGUGAACGACGUGACGAGACACGUCCGCGCCCUGUCGGGGAAGAAGGACGGGCUGGUGCCCAUGUUCAUCAACACCAACAGCGGGCUGUUCACCCACCUCGCCGUCUACACCCUGGGCGCCAGAGCCGACAGCUACUACGAGUAUCUGCUGAAGCAGUGGAUCCAGGGCGGCAAGAGAGAAAACGAGUUGCGGGAAGACUACGUCAGAGCCAUAGAGGGAGUCAAGAGGCAUCUGCUCCGCAAAUCGGAACCCAGCAAAUUAACGUUCGUCGGAGAGCUCGCUCACGGCCAUUUCAGCGCCAAGAUGGAUCACCUGGUGUGCUUCCUGCCCGGAACCCUGGCCCUGGGCGCUCACAACGGGCUGGCCGCCGACCACAUGGACCUGGCCAAGGCCCUCAUGGAGACCUGCUACCAGAUGUAUCGCCAGGUGGAGACCGGCCUCAGCCCGGAGAUCGUCCACUUCAACACCCACCCCCAGAACGGCCACAAGGACGUGGAGGUCAAGCCCGCCGACAGGCACAACCUGCUGCGGCCCGAGACGGUGGAGAGCCUCUUCUACCUCUACCGCCUGACCGGGGACAAGAAGUACCAGGACUGGGGCUGGGAGAUCCUGCAGAGCUUCAACAGAUACACCAGGGUGUCCUCGGGCGGCUACUCGUCCAUCAACAACGUCCAGAAUCCCAAGAGCCCCGAGCCCCGAGACAAGAUGGAGAGCUUCUUUCUGGGAGAAACCCUGAAAUACAUGUUCCUGCUCUUUUCGGACGACCCGGACCUCCUCGCCCUGGACCGGUUCGUCUUCAACACGGAAGCUCACCCCCUGCCCAUCUGGACCCCCGCCUAGGCGCUCCCGGGGCGGAGGGGAGACACGCCGGCUCCGAGUUCCCUUAUUUUCUUUCCAGCUGGGAGACAUCCAGACCAAAUCCUGAGAUCUUUCGGGGGUGUUUGUCGAGCGUGCAGAGCACUGUGCUAGGCGCUCGGGGGGACGGUACGUGACUAGUUGACGUCGUCCUUCCCGUGGAGACGGAAGCUCCCCUUCGGGGCCGGAGCGGCUGUUUUCUCGGCCUCCACGCGGAAUGUUAAUAGGUCUUCUCCGAGCCGGGGGGUGACGUCUGAGAAGUCCGGAAGGAGGCCACGGAAAUGAUCUCGGUUCAGAGGUCCAAGUGGGAAGGGUCUCCCGGCCUCUCCCCGGGUUCAGCCCCGCGCCACCCCCGAGCCCAAGCCUUCGCCCUCCGAGACGGCCCUCGUCGCUAAGGACUUGAGAUGCCUCCGGGCCGUCACGGUUCCCCCGCGGACCCGUCCGCGAAGAAUGUGAAUUUGGGGCCGCCCGCGGCUCGUCCGAGGUCUUUCCUCCGGAUCCGAGCGGCUGGUUGGGGUUCCCGGUCCCUCAACCCUCUUAACUGCACAUGGCAACUUUCCAGGCCACACCUGGUGCUCUUUCUCGCCGGGGAUUUUUUUUUUUUUUUACAACGAAAAGGGCAGACAUUCCUCUUCGUUUUCCUUUCCCGUUUGAUUUUAUGGCUGCUAUCUCGAGUGUUUCGGCCUCUUAAUUCGAGCCUUUUCCGCCGCUGUCUUUCCUCUCGGCGUUCGGCUCCUAAGGCCCGUUCCGCGCCCCGGGAGAGCCGGUGGCCCGGUGGGCUACCGGUAGCCAGUAGGCCCCGGGUGGGUCCCGGUGGGCUGGGAAGGACCGCUUCGGCCUCCCGGGGCGGUCCUUCACUCUUCUGUCUUCUCCUUCUGUUUCCGAUCCUACCUCUGAACCACUGGCUCUUCCCUCCCCGUAGCCGCGGGGGUCGGUCAUCCCCAAAGUCCCCGAGCGAGCCCCGGAAAGAGCGACCCUUGGAGCGGGUGACCGGGCUGAGGAGGAACCCUGCAGAUCAAUCAGUGGUACCGGUCGACCGCUUAGUGGGUGCGGAGCGCCGUCCCUGAACGUUUAGGAGAGCGCGAUUCAACGGGGGUGAUAGACGGGCCGUGCCGCCCGCAACGAGCUCACAGAGUCGUAAGGGAAGCUCCGGCGGGCGGCUUCGCCCCGGAGCCAGGGGCACGGGGAAGCCGAGAGCGUUCGAGACGUGAGCUCCUUACGGGCGUCGGCUGAUUCCGUUGUGCCGUCCCCUCCCAAGCGCUCAGUACGGUCCUCCGCACCCAGUAAAGCGCUCUAAUAGAUCCCACCGGUCGAGGGGCAGGGCACCACCAGCCUCUUCCCAGCUCAUCGCGGGCGGGCACGGCUCUCUUAGCGGCAUCCGGGCGCAAUUGGAAGAACUGAACGGAGCACCGGGCCGAAUCUCGCCGGAGAUGCGAUAUUUCUGCAGCCCAGGGGCGUUUGCGGGAUGGAGAGUGGUUCCAGCCGAGACGUGAGCCUACCCCAUCCCCCCCCGCCCCCUCCCCCGGUGGUUCGGAAACACCAAACGAUGGCACUCUUCGUUACGCAUUUUAUUAAACGUAUAACUUAUUUUA